AGGCAGGUAGUUACGUUUGGCUUUUGCCAGUACAGCCGAAAACUUUCUUCUUCGCGUUUCUUCCACUUCCUCUUGAGGUGUGAAAAAAUAACGCUAAAACCACUACUCUACACACUUUGUUCACUUCACCGAAAGGUUGAGCAAGGUACACUAUACAAGAUGGCAGCUCAACAUGCGACUGUGAUGUGCGUGGGCACUAUGUUGAACCAGCGCUCGGAGUUCGUUGAUACGCAAGAAAAAACAUCGCAUCUUCCGCGGCGCCAGUGCAUUGCUGUUUUUUGGUUGCAAAAAGGAAAAUAAAAAGUGCCUGACCGCGCACAGGAGCCCGUUGUUCCUUACUUACUUACACCCUUGUCAUGCAGCUACGGGAAAAAUGUAGUGGACUAGGAACAGGAAAGAAAAAAAAGCGUCAAGAUUUGUCAUGCAUAUAAAAAAUCACAAAGCUCUUUGAGUGCGAUGUGAGAAGAUUUUUGCAUAGGAUACUCGACUUCUUCUUCGAGGUGCCCGAGAAUUUCACCAUCGGUGACAUGAAGCGUCAGUUUAUGCAAUGUAAAUUUCCUGUACAUGUAUAAAAUGCAUGACAAAUUUCGCUAACUUGCAGUGUCCAACUUGUCAUGCUACACUAGGAUUGAAGGCAAGUUUUGUCAUGCAGAGACUGCGUUUGUACAUGUACAGGAAAUUUACUGUGGAUACAGUUCGCACAGGAGUUCGGCGCGCCCGUCGUAUCACCUGCAAAUGUGUCGUCCUCUGGGGGUCGGGAUCUUUUGUGUGGUGUAAGGUGCAGCUGCACCGCGUGGGGACACCAGCAGGAUAGAUGCAUUAAAUCGAUGUUUACUUUAUCAUGCGGGGAAGCAGCUUGCUAUUCAAGAUAUUUGAAUUGAUCGGCAAUGAAACUAAACACAGAUGAGAACCAACAAA